AUGUUAACCAUAUCGUUACGUAUUUCAUUUUUAUUAAUAGCUUUUAUUCUCAAGUAUAUUCAUACAACUGAAUUAACAUUUGAAUUACCUGAUAAUGCAAAAGAAUGUUUUCAUGAAAAACUUAAAGUUGGUUCAAAAUAUGUAUUAGAAUUUCAAGUUGUAACUGGUGGUAAUUAUGAUGUUGAUCUUGAAUUAAAAAGUCCAUCGGGUAAAAUUUUAUAUCAAACUACAAAAAAACAAUAUGAACGUAUUGAACAAACUGCUAAUGAAGAUGGAGUUUAUGAAUUUUGUUUUAGUAAUGAAUUUUCAACAUUUACUCAUAAAGUUAUUUAUAUUGAUUGGAAAGUUGAUGGUGAUCCUGAACAUGAAAUAACUGGUGCAAGUCCACGUGUUGCUGAAGGUGCAUUAACAAUGAUCGAAACAAAAGUAGGUAAUAUUCAUCAAAACCUUGAAACAUGUAUUGAUUAUCAAACACAUCAUCGUUUACGUGAAGCAACUGGUCGUGCACGAGCUGAAGAUUUACAAGAACGUGUACAAAUAUGGUCAUUAGGACAAUUUAUUUUAAUAAUAAUUGUUGCUAUUGGUACUGUAUUAUUACUUCGUUCAUUUUUUACUGAUAAAAGAACAUCGUCGCAUAUGACAUGGACAAAAUGA